AUGGCUGAGUUAUGGGCUCUAAAGGAUGGUCUCACGCUAGCUUCUCAACUUAGAAUUUCUGACAUAUGUGUAGAGCUUGAUGCUGAGCUUAUUGUUUUACUUCUUACUAAUUACUCAAUAAAUAAUCUCAUGAUAGAGCCUUUGCUUGAUGAUUGCAGGACCCUAUUGAAGAAAUUCCAUAAUUCAACUGUCCACCACAUUUUUAGGGAGGCAAACCAAUAUGCUGAUGCAUUGGCUAAGUUUGGAGCCACCUUUUCUUCGGAUUAUGUUAAUUUUGUUAAUCCAUCACCUGUAGUGGAGGACUUGCUGGCUUUUGACAAGACCAAGCUUUUUUGUAAUAGACUUAUUAGUGUUUAA